AUGCCUGUCCCGCAACAUGUGCUUAACUGGCUCUACAGCGUCCUCACCAGCGAAUAUCACGAUGUAAAUCGUGCCUAUAACGAUGUCGCGCAGGCCCUCGACCGAUUUCCCUCCUUAACGCCUCGAACCGAUGUGCACAUAUUGACCACUCCAGCCUUCUCGAAUGGCGCCAAUGCCCUACUCCUCCAUUUAUCAGGAACUCUCCCCGUGAACUUUCGGGGAACUACCUAUCGUUUUCCCGUGUCGAUAUGGGUACCGCAUGCCUACCCGCGAGAACCACCCAUGAUAUACGUUGUACCGACCGAGACGAUGAUGGUCCGACCAGGGCAGCAUAUUGAUCCCCAAGGCCUCGUAUAUCAUCCGUACCUAGUGGGAUGGGCUGAAUUUUGGGAUAAGUCCAAUCUUCGAGACUUCCUCAACAUUCUAACCGACGUCUUCGCGAAAGAACCUCCAGUUGUGGCUCGGCAACAACAAGCACGACCGCCUGCUCCCCAAGCUAAUCCGACACCACCUCCUGUCCCGCCUUUGCCUCCUGGUAUGGGAUCAUCUUCACGUCCCGCGACCCAGGAUCCUCACCCCUCAGAACAACCGCGCCCUCCACCUCCGCCUCCGAAAGCUCCCCAGAAUGCACCGCAUGCGCAAAUACAAUCACAGAAUGGCCCACCCUUGCCUCCAAUCCCAGGACGAGCCUCUGCACAGUCUAAUCGCACGUCACGCUACGACUCAGCUCCUCCUCUGCCUCCUCAAGUUAGUAGUCCAAGUGCGCAGAACCCAAGAUUCUCUCGCCCUCAAGAACAGUAUCCGACUCGUCAUAUGCCGCCUGCGGAACCGCCAAUGUCUGCGCAACCCCGAUACAUGAACGAUGGCCAGUCAUUUAUGCCCCCAUCUCAACAACAAUGGCAAAUGCCACCUCAGCACCAGCAAUAUCAACAACCUCCCCAGCCCCCGGCUUGGUCCCAAUCUGCUCCACCACCACAAGGCCCUGUCAAACCACCUCCACCCCCUGAUCUGCUCGAUGAGCCUCUAGAUUUGGCAUUACCGAAUAAUACUGUAGCGGCACCCCCUAUCCCGCCCAAUCCCGAAAAAGAUGCGCUCUUGCGACAGCUAGCACAAACACUGUAUUCCAUUAGAAUGCGGAGCCGUCAGCAGAACGACUCAAGUAUGUACGGCUUGCAAGCACAAAGAACAGCGAUGUUGUCAGCGAUACCUGCCUUCCAAGCGGAGGGGGGUCAAUUGGCCCAGCUUUCAAACGUUCUAACGUCAAACUCUAAUAUCCUACGCGAUGCUCUUCAUAAAGCGGAUGGAGUGAUUGAAGGUUCCAAAAGCCACCCUAUGCCGGAUGUUGAUGAGCUGCUUGUAGCUCCUACAGUGGUUGCGAAUCAGUUAUACGCACUAGUGGCAGAGGAGAGAGCUCUCGGUGACGCCAUAUUCAUGCUUGGUCGGGCUGUUGAGCGCGGGCGCAUUACCCCGGCAGUGUUUGCCAAAAUGACGAGACAUCUAUCUCGAGAGUGGUAUUUGAAAAAGGCACUGGUGCGGAAGAUUGGACAAGGAAUGGGCCUGGCCUCAUGA